AGUUACAGACGUUCGGAUGGUUACACCGUGUGGAUACUCGUUUGAGUUGUAUACAUCAAGAGGGAUUGUUACGAGUUGGUCCAAUCUGGCAACCCUGCCAUUGACUCGUGGUAUGAGAGUCUGAACGGUAGGAAGACAAACAUUUGAGAUGAUGUGAGCACAUGGGGAGGAAAUAAAUCAGCUGGAACCUCAUUCACUUGCUUUAUAAGGUGCAAGCGUGGACAGAAGUGGAUUUUAUCCUUUAGAUCUUAUUUUUUAUUUGUGGACAGAAAGAAAGGACGUCUUGUCAAUCAAGUGCCAAAUGCCGAGACUAGAGGACCGCUGUUGGAGCUGCACCGGUGUGAAAGCAAAAGAUUUGACAGAUUUGUGUCUCUGGAUGGCGUCUAAAAUGGGUGAAAUGAUGUUCAUGGUCACGUCAGUGCUUCUCCGUGUUCGCUCUGCUAAUUUAAUCCGUCGUGGGCUUGUCUUGUUUGCUGUCGGCGUGGUUUUAGCGUUGGUGCUUUAUUUCCUGCAAAUACAACGAAAAGACGCCUUGUUCCCUGAUGAAGUGCUGGAUACUUUGUUUUCUUCCGCCUGGUGGAUUCCUCUAUGCUGCGGAACAGCUGCUGCUGUGGUCGGUUUGCUGUAUCCAUAUCUGGACAGCCAUCUUGGAGAGCCGCACAAGUUUAAGCGCGAGUGGGCGAGUGUCAUGCGCUGCAUCGCUGUGUUCGUGGGCAUCAACCACGCCAGUGCCAAGCUGGACUUUGUGAAUAAUGUGCAGCUAUGUCUCACGCUGGCUGCUCUGUCUCUGGGUCUGUGGUGGACGUUUGAUCGCUCCAGGAGUGGAUUCGGUUUGGGCCUCACCACAGCGUUUUUUGCCACACUCAUCACACAGCUGUUGGUCUACAAUGGCAUCUACCAGUUUCCAUCUCCGCCGCUGGGCUACGUUCGCUCCUGGCUGCCCUGCAUCUUCUUCUCUGGAGGAGUGACUGUGGGGAACAUCGGCAGGCAGCUGGCCAUGGGUACAAACGAGAAACCUCACAACGACUAGCGCACAGCAGUGAUGGACCCAAAAUACCACAGUGGGGAGGAAUCGGAUGCUUCCCGUCGCAUUUCCACUCCCUCCUAAUCUCUCGUUUGUGUCGCUGAGAGAAAUGGCGGGCGGACUGUGUGUGUGUGUGUGCGCGUGUGUCCUAUGGACACAAAAUGGACAAAACGGAACUCAUAGUCGAUGUUGACGUCACCACACAAUUGUUCGUGUUGGCAUGAGAGACUGUUAUGGGGUUAACUUCCUGUCAAAAAAGUAACCAGACAUGAGUGUACGUCGUUAUUUUAUAAACCCAGAGUCAAUUUUGGUAAACCUGUAAUGUUGCGCCUCACGUUACGUGAAGCCCUGCCUCCUCACCUUCCUGGUGCCAUCCACCUGGCCCCAUCCCCUCAAAUCUCUACAGCCUUCCACCUGGCUCUCACCAUCCUAGUGCUAUCUACGCGGCUCCUCCCGCUCACCUCUCUGGAACAAUCCACCCCCCACCCCCCCUUUAAAAACGUUACAAUCGGGAGUUUUUCGCUCCAAAAGUUACUUGAGCGAAUCAUAAUAAUGUGAUCGAGGUUUUUUGCGUUGGCAACACGACACCGAUUUCUGAAUCUGAUGCCAGAUUUGUGAUCAGUAAACUCGUGAUAUUGUCAUCGCGGUUACUUUGUAAAAGAACUCCGUAGAGUUAUGUAGCACAACUGGGUUCAGUUGUUCACUUCUACAGUGUGUUAGCCUCAUAAGUGUGUGAGUGUGAUAUACUGCAGAUAUAUAGACUGAAUCUGAAGGAAUUGUGUGUGUAUGUGUGUAAAAAAUGAUGGUGGCCAAAUAUGUGCUUGGGUUGUUUUUUGUUUUUUUUCUUCUUCCCCCCAUUCUGUGUGGGAAAGCGAUGUUAAAUGAAAAGGGAAAAGUUUCAAGGCUGCACAAAAAUGUCUGCCAUCCAAAGAGGAGGCGUGAACGUUUGCUAAUAUUGUUAUUACUAUUACUAUUAAUAACAAUUAUUGCUAGUGUUACUUUCCAGUGAGACUCAUUUGCCAAAUGAAAUAUUUAUCAUUUAAUAACACGUCCUAGACGAUGUGUGACAUGACGCCAGGUUAAUUCACGUACGCCUUUUUAUACGAUGGAUCGUGAUGUUCAACAUGGACAUUCAUAGAAUAUCCGAUGAUGGGUUUUUGUCCCUUUGUGAAUGGGAACGCAUGUGCGCGCUUAAAUACGCAAAAUGGACACGUUUCGUUUUUAUGAAGGUUGUUCAUUGAAAAACAUAAAAUAAAU